AUGAAGUUCCCCACCUCGCCACUCCUCCUCGGUCUCGCUCUCUCCAGUAGCACUUUGGCCUACCCCGCACCCCCUGGCGCCCGAUCGCCUAACCCGGAGAACUCGCCUCUGCUUGGCGGAGACAAGGACGAGAGGGGCUGGGGAGUCAACGAGCGUGCACCUAGCAAGCUCGCCCGAGGCUGGACCAAGCGACAAGACCCCUCUGCAACACCCAGUGACGCCAGUACAAUUGGCACCCAGAGUCUUGGCUCAACUCUCGGUGACUUGACCAACACUAUCGGAGGUAUUACUGCAGGCACCCCUCUCGGCGGUAUCGUCAAUCCGCUUCUUGGUACUGUCAACGGGGUAGUGGGCGGUCUCUUAGGAGAUGGCAGCAAAGGACCUGUGUCCAGUCUGCUUGGUGGCUUGGGCCUCGGCGGUCUUUUGGAUACAGUAAAGGGGACCGUCGGCGGACUUCCUGUGGCGGGACCCCUGUUGAGUGGACUGUUGAACAACCUCAAUGCCGUGCCGGUCCCAGGUCAGGGCUUGUCGCUCGUUGCCAAUCUCGGAAACGGCAAGUACCUCACAUCUGCAGGCACAGUCAUGCAAAUGGGACAAGGCGCACUGAGUGGGCUCUCCAACUCCGCCGGAGUUGCUAGCGCGACGGGCGGCGCUGUCAACUCCGUGCUAGCUCAACUACCAACGAGCGUGACCGACCCCUCCAGCGGGACAACAUCCGUACCUAUCAACACCUCGCAGGGCACAAUAAGUCUGCCCCUCUCAGUGCUUCAAGGGCUUCUCGGCAGCCUGCAUGGGCAGCUCGGGAACACUGCUGGAUCGUACGCUGCAGCUAGUGCUGCUGACCCCAACUCCAUGACUGCCCAAGAUUUCAGUGGGGCUACCAGCGCAGUCUCGGGCUUGACCUCUAUUCCUAUCAACACUGCUCAAGGGGUGAUUCAUCUUCCCCUGUCGGUCCUCCAAGGACUCUUGGGCAACGUUCAAAGUCAGACAGGCAACCCUACGACCAUGAUCGGAGGCACCGCUGGCAAUUUGGUCAACAUUGGUGGUCAACUUGUUCCUUUGUCUCAGGUCCUUGGUCUCCUGGCCGGAGCCACGUCUGGUUCGACGGCAUACAAUCUCGCCGAUCUGAAUACUGGUAGUGAUCCCGAAUGGGCGCAGUCUUACGGGAUGGACGCCGACAACUCGACGAUGGCCACCAAUUCCAGCUCGUCCUCCGAUCCAUCUGCUUCGUCAACCUAUUCGAAUCCUUAUCCCAGCGUCGAUCAGAGCGGAACACCGUCGGCAACUCAACUCGUCGAGUCGAUGAUCGCUCGACAGCUUCCUGUCGACACUCGCAAGUCGAUCAAGGAUGUGCCAAUCCCGUCUCAUUCAUCUGUACUUCCCUCGGCGGUCAGAGGUUUUACGUCAUUGCUGCCUUCAGCAACGAGCGUUCUACCCGAUAUUACGACCGUGGCAAAAUCUCUACCGACGCCUUCUGCAGCCGAGAGGCAGCCUCUCACCGCGGAAGACUUCGAAGAUGAUGACGGAUAUUCUGACGGAGAUGAGGACGACGCCGAGUCCUGGGGAGACUUCGAAGAUGGCAACUGA